AUGCAACAUCGAUCGUUGGACGACAGCGACGAAGAGGACACUGUUGAGCUGAACUUUUGGCCGCGUUUUGUCUUCGUAUCGAACCUGUGUCUGAUCUGCAUGGAACGAUCGCAGGAAACCUGUAAAUCUUGUGGCAUGGUUUCUUACUGCACCGUCAGCCAUAUGAAGCAGGACCGACCGAAGCAUCGCGGCCUGUGCAAAGUUCUCACCGAAGUCUGUCAGAUCGAAGGUGGCUUAUCGUUACUGUCGGAACUCAAUGCAGAUGAUUAUCGGGUUUAUCGGUUGAAAUUGAUCGAGAUAGUGCAGUUUCAUUUGGACAGGCCUCUUCAGCUCUGGGAAAAGGAGAUCCUCCUCUAUCCCCGCGUUUGUUGCAAUUGUCAUCGCUUCUCAAUGACUUUAAAAUGUUGCUCGGUAUGCGGAAUUGGCAUAUUUUGCGAGAAUCAUGAUGACGGGCAUGAAGAAUGGUGUCGCGAGUUUCAGGUAUUUCGUAGAGUGCUAUUCAUGCAGCACAAAAACGGUUACAUAGAACCUGAGAUUCCGGAUACCUUUCAGAAAGAACCGCUUCAUUUGCCGGACAAUUUUGAUCUGUUAGUAGCACAACUUUACAGCCGCUCGACAUAUUAUUGCAAUAUGGAUUGCUAUACGUACUGCAGCCUCUUUCAUAUAUCGUCCAUUCCAUUGACGACUUUGUAUUCCAUGCAAAUUUCUUGUGAGAAUUGGAAAAGUAUCGACACCUUCGUGAUUCACGUAAUAGGUGCUGAGUUUCAGUAUGAAUGUAUAAAUCUGCACGUGUGGGAGAAACUCUUUCUGCACCUCCUCCCAAAUUUAAAGCAUCUUAAAUUGAUGUUCGUUGGUCCGGAACUGAGUCUGCCGACGGCGCCGUUGGACUUAUUAACCGCUAUGAAGAUGUGUUCGUUGUGUAAAUCAUCUAAUCGACGAGUAAAAGUCUCGUUCCAUCCUAAACAAUUUUAUCACGAUUUCUGUCGCUCCAAACAAUUUAUAGAACCGAAUCUCGUGUGCCUCUUUAACCCGGGUCUUUAUCGGGAAACAGGUUUUGAAGGCAGAGAUACGUGGCCGGAAACGAUACGAGAAUUCUGUAAAAUAAAAGUUCCCGUGUGUGUGACAUCUUACACGAAGCAGGAAAUUCCACGAGAGAUGAUCAGAAUAAAAUCGAUCGCUGAUGUAGAAACGAUCUUAGAGCCACGAAAAAAUCCGUUCGCUUCGAUCAAACCUGAUAGAAAUUUCGUUAGUGACGAUACAGUGCCACUUAUCUAUAAAAAUUAUUAUCUCGCUAUUGUUAAAGGAAAAUCAUAAUAAUUUCGAAGAGAUUUUCUUUCGAAGUCACUUUAUAUUUAAUUCCGCACGAGUAUUUUUCUGAAGUACUUUACAUUUGAAAUAUUGUUUUAUAUCUCUUAAUUUCUAGUAUUAGAGCAAGAGCACUGUAGGCAAACCGUUCCAAUGCAUGAUUAUACAAUAUUAUACAUUGCCAAGGACUUUCCAUAAAUGA